AUUUACAUAGGGCGGGGCCUUCUGUGGCGCCACUUCCUUCUCUAGCCAGCUUUUGCCUGCUUUCCUUCUGUUGUCGCCCACUUUCCUUCAUUUUCGCUCUCCUUCCUUAAGGCUAUCGGCCCCUUUUCUUCCUCUCAUAGCCCGCGUAGGUGUCCAGAUGCUCCCGAAACGGCGGCGAGUGCGGGUCGGAUGUCCCGGUGGUGCAGUCACUUCCUCCACUUCGCCCUUAGUGCUCUUUCCCGGCGUCGCCAUCUACCUGGCUGAACCGCGCAUGGGCCGUAGCCGCCGGGCCUUUCUCACACGCCUGGCGCUGUCCAAGGGCUUCCGUGUCCUCGAAGUCUACAGCUCCGAGGUGACACAUGUGGUGAUGGAACAGACCUCAGUGAAGGAGGCCAUCUGCUGGCAGAAGCACAUGGCUGCUACUCUCCCGUGCUGUCCCCACCCAGCUCUGCUGGACAUCAGCUGGUUCACAGAAAGCAUGGCAGCUGGGCAGCCUGUCCCUGUGGAGGACCGGCAUCGAUUGGAGGUGGUUGAGCCCAGGAAUGAGCCCCCAAGCCCAGUGUGGGUGUCGAUUUAUGCCUGCCAGCGUCCCACACCCCUCACACACCACAAUACCAUCCUCUCGGAGGCCUUGGAGACUCUGGCAGAGGCAGCAGGCUUCGAAGGCAGUGAGGGCCGCCUCCUCUCCUUCCGCAGAGCAGCCUCUGUGCUCAGGGCCCUUCCUUGCCCUGUCACUUCCCUGAGUCAGCUGCAGGGGUUGCCCCACUUUGGAGAACAUUCUUCCAGGGUUGUCCAGGAACUGCUGGAGCAUGGAACAUGUGAGGAGGUGGAGAGAAUUCGUUGCUCAGAGAGGUACCAAACCAUGAAGCUCUUCACCCAAAUCUUUGGGGUUGGGGUGAAGACUGCCAACCACUGGUACCAGGAAGGGCUGCGAACCCUGGAUGACCUCCGAGGACAACCUCAGAAACUGACCAAGCAGCAGAAAGCAGGGCUCCAGCACCACCAGGACUUAAGCACUCCAGUUGGACGGCCUGAUGCUGAGGUUCUGCAGCAACUGAUAGAGGCAGUCGUGGGCCAGGUCCUGCCUGGGGCCACUGUCACGCUGACUGGUGGCUUUCGAAGGGGCAAGUUACAGGGCCAUGAUGUGGACUUCCUUAUCACCCACCCUGAGGAGGGCCAGGAGGCGGGGUUGCUGCCGAAAGUGAUGUGCCACCUGCAGAGCCAGGGCCUUAUCCUGUAUCAUCAGCACCAAGCCAGCUGCUUAGAGACUCCUACUUACCUUGUUCAGCGGAGCCACACCAUGGAUGCCUUUGAGAGGAGUUUCUGCAUCUUCCGCCUGCCUCAACCCUCAGGAGCUGCCUUAGGGGGUGUCCUGAAGCCUUGCUCAGCAUGGAAAGCUGUGAGGGUAGAUCUGGUGGUUGCUCCCAUCAGCCAGUUCCCUUUUGCUCUGCUUGGCUGGACUGGCUCUCAGCUUUUUGAGCGGGAACUGCGCCGAUUCAGCCGGAAAGAGAAGGGACUGUGUCUGAACAGCCAUGGACUGUUUGACCCAGAGCAGGAAACGGGAGGCUGCUGGACACUUUUGAAUAUCUCCAGGCAGAAGAUACGCUGCCACGCCAUAUCCUCAUCUCCAAGUGGAAGAGUCUUUACCUGUGGGAGCGACUGUGAGGCGGGGCCUUCCUCACACUCCAGCCUUAUAGCUGUGUGAUCAUGGUCAGCAUUCAGCCUCCCCAGGCCUCAGGUUCCCACCUGGGUCAGGAAAUCUGAGCAGUACUCAAGUCAUGGAGCUGUGGCAGAGCCAGCAGUCCCAGUGCGGCAAUUGAGGUGUGGUUGCGUGUCUUCUAUAGGGCACCCCACUCAGUUGCCCAGAAGAGAACCAUGUAUCCCUGCCCUGCACUUGAGCCAUGAGGUGGAAGCUGUAGUUCUUGCUCUUAGGAGUCCUCUGUGGAGGUGAAAACGGGUAUGCUGCAAUCACCUGGAAUGAGUAAAGGUCCAAGUCAAGAGAACUUCCAAUGCUGGGAUUUUGGCACUGCAGCCCCUACCCUGCUUCUGCCUUUAAGUCCUGUACUCUUCCUACUUCAAAACAGGUCACACUCUGCCACUUCUUGCUCAUAGUCCUGCGGAAUUCCAAACCCCAAAAUCCUCAUGUGAUCCCCUAGGGUUCUAGCAUUUCUGCCACCCCUGCCAAUCUCAUCUGCACUCUUCUUUCAAUACCCACCACCCCAUCCCUCAUUUGCUUCCUGUUUCACUGUUUCCUACUGAUGUUCUCAGACCCCAUGUCUCUGACUCCCUCCCCUUUCUGGGAGGGAGUCAGAGACAUGGGCUGGACACACAGGUAUCCUGUGUGUUCCCUGAUCUCCUGCAGGGCCUUUGCCUUCGCCACUCUUUGCCUCCUUCAGGACUUGAUUCAAGGUCAUCUUGUUAGUCACAGCUUCCCAGACCACUCACCACAUCACAAAGUGUUUUUUAAAUUAACAUGCAAUAAAAUGGUAUCUUUUAAGGUUUGUUUUUAAUGGGCUUUAACACAGGUAUAGACUCUGCCAUCUCAGGACCCAAAGGUCUGUCCCCCAAGCAUUGCCUUAUGCCAUUGCAUUAUCGCCACAUGUUCUUUAUCCCAACUCACUCAUUUUGUUCACUUAUCUACAGUUUUGCCCUCUCCAGAAUAUCAUAGAAGUGGAACCAAAUUCUCCCUUUUACUUGCCUCUCUCUCAUCAUGCCUUUGAGAUUCACUCAGGUUUUUGCAUAUAUUGAUAGUUUAUUUUUCUUUAUUGCCACAUAAUAUUACAUUAAUGGGGUGUUCCAGGAUUUAUCUGUUCAGCUACUGAAGAAUGUUUAGAUUGUUUCCAGGGUUUGGUGAUUAUGAAUAGAGCUACUGUAGCCAUGUGUAUAUAGAUUAGUGGGUAACAUACCUUUUCAGUUCUCUUGGGUAAAUAUGAAGGUAUAGGAAUAUUGGGUUAUAUGAUAAGUAUGUUUUUAAGAAAGAGCUAAAUUGUUCAGAAUGCCUGUCAUUUUCCAUUUUAUCACCAGUGUGAGCCACCCAUAUAAGUUAAACAUUUCAUAGUAGCA